UCCCUCAACUCUAGCGGACAGCUUGGAGCAACAUGGCUUCCUUCAACUCUCUGACCCAUCUCCCAAGUUACUCGAGCUCUCCAACAGGAUGUUCGUUGCGAGUCGGAAUUUCUUCGAACAAGAGAGCAUAGAGGAGAAGACGCGCUGCAGAAGAGUGCACCCGGUGAACUCCGGAUGGGUUGGACAGGGCGUUGAGAAGCUGGAUGCGAAAGAGUCGGAGGAUCUCAAGGAAGCUUUCAAUAUCAUGGCAUAUACUGAGAAGCCGAAGCAAACGAUGCCGAAGAUGUUGGAGGGUGAGGUACCCCUUAUUGCAGACUUCAUAUCUGCUUGUCACGAUCUCUGCAUGGAUCUGCUCGAAGGAAUGGCUCUUUCGCUUGACUUGGAAAAGGACUAUUUCACCUUGCGUCACGCUCCGUCCGCUCCCUCUGGCACUACCCUCCGUCUCCUGUACUAUCCCUCAACCACGACGACUUCACAGGCCCUCGUUCGCGCAGGCGCCCACUCCGACUAUGGCUCUCUCACCCUGCUCUUCCAGCAGGAAGGAUCGGAUGCAAGUGGCUUGCAGGUGUUGCUACCCACCAACAAGGCUAGAGGAGAAGGGAGUGAAGCAGGCGAGUGGUUGGAUGUGCCGGCGAGCCCAGAAAGAGUAUUGGUUAAUGUUGGGGAUUUGAUGGAAGCCUGGACAGGCAGUCGCUGGCCCUCGACGAUCCAUCGUGUACUAGUCCCCGCGAACACCUUCGUUGGACCCCGCCUCUCGAUCGCAUAUUUCUUGCAACCAGCAGACGACGUAAAGCUGCACAGGAUUGGCACGCUUGCUGCUGGACAAGAGGAAAGGGGAGGAGGGAGAGUGUUUGAGGAGGGGAUGACGAGUGGAGAGUGGCUGGCUAGAAGGUUUGAAGCUACUUAUCGGAAAUGAGGCAAGAGGAAUCCGGUGCCAGAUAUUUUAAGGAAUUUUGCUCGACUCGAUUUCUUGGUUAGAAGGGUACAAAUGGUGUGGUUUAUGUACCGACUCUGUAAAA